GGGGUGGGGGUAAAUCAAAACCGUGUCUCAGCUAAAUGUGGAAAACACUGAACUGAACGCUGGGUCGCCUGAUGUUUCCACGCCCCUGCGAGGGGCUGAACAUAGAAUCACAUGUUUCAGGUCAGGACAGACUUGGGAAGCCGCCUCCUUGCCUGGAAGGGUUUGACGAGGGCGCCCACGGGCAAUGAACUACGCACGGCAAGCCAGGAGGCGGUGGUUACUGCGGAGGGGAAAUCGCUAGAACUGCGCUGAGCGCCAGAGUGAAGGGAGACGAUCUGGUAGGCCAUGACAGCUCUUCUGAAGAGUCUGCUUGCUGCCUCAGAGAAGGCAGCCAGCAUUGCCCAGGUGUGUCGCCAGGAGGAGGCGCUCUUCAGCUUGCUAAUUGAGGAGAAGAGAGGAGCAGACAAGAACAAAAAGUUCCUGCAGGACUUCAAGACUUUGGCAGAUGUGCUGAUCCAAGAGGUCAUCAAGCAUGAUGUGGGGGAAAAGUUUCCAGAACUGCAAGAUCAUAUUCGCGGUGAGGAGUCCAACAAAUUUGAAAAUGGCCUUGGAGAGACUGUGGUCGUCCAGGUUUGUCCUACCCAACAAGAAACUGCUGCCCUGCUGGGAAAAGUCCUCAAUCGGAAGCAAGCAGCAGCUGAGCUGUUGGCUGCGGCUAUUCAUCAGGAGGUGGUGCUUUUGGACCCAGCACUGGACAAUGUGGCUGUGACUAUCUCCACAGAGAGCGUGGCUGUGUGGAUUGAUCCAAUAGAUUCUACCAAUCAGUAUAUCCGUGGGCAUGGCAAUGUGAUGCCUGUGGAUGGCAUCUACCCUUCAGGGCUACGCUCAGCGCUGGUGCUGAUAGGGGUAUACAACCGUCACUCAGGCGAGCCCAUCCUAGGCAUCAUCAAUGAGCCUUUCUUCCAGGAAGAGCUACCAGCACACAGGUGGCAGAGCAAAUAUCACUGGGGCAUCUCAUACGAGGGUAUCCACCUGAGUUCACUAAACCGGCCCAUGCUACAGGCUUCCCCUUGCGUUGUCCUGAGCAGCAAUGAGAAAGUGAUGCUGCGGAAGGCCCUGGCCCCCCUGUACGGGGAGCGGCUAUUCUUUGCCUCCGGUGCUGGGUAUAAGAUGCUGUGUGUGGCCCUGGGCCUUGCAGAUGCUUAUGUGCUCUCAGAGGGCAGCACCUUCAAGUGGGACUCCUGUGGCCCCCAUGCCAUCCUGCGAGCCCUCGGUGGAGGCAUUGUCGAUCUGUCAGAGGCCUUGAAGGCUUGGCGGGCUGGGCAGCGCAAAUUGCUGCCAGAACUGACCUACAACAAACCUGUGGAGGGGGCUGUGGGUGCCGACCACUGGGCCAACCAGGGGGGGCUUGUGGCCUACGUCUACCGUGAGCAUCUCGAGGCUGUGAUGGCCACACUUGCAGCUGCAGCUGACACCUUCUAAAACUCCUCCUCCAUUCCGGACAUUUUUGCCUCUGCACGAGGGGAAGAAGCCAGUUCCCAAGGAAGAGUCUCUGACCUCCUCAUUUACCAAGGGACCAAUCAAUAACAGCUAAAGGCUGGAUCAGCAUGGGAUCAGGUUGGCGUGGAUGUUGUACCUAUGACUUUUAGCAUUUCUGUGCUCCAUUUCCUCCAUGUGCAGUGAAGAGGAGCAAAGUGGGCGUGCAUCACUCCUGCAUGGCAAACCAUGGUUUAUGGCUUACCAUGACAUGCAAACAGUCAGAACCUUUAACUUCUGGUGCAUGCAGAGGGAGCAGGGAAAAUUUUGAAUUGUGCCCUUGCCCCAUCUUUGGUGCUUUGCUGCUUUUUAAACAAGUAAUAUACAUUAUGGGUAAUGUAGUAAACAUGCCUUGGGACCAUUAAAUAACUUCCAAUUUA